CCGGCGGAGGAAUCCCACGCCGGGAAGGGAGCUCCGAGAAAAUAAACGGAAAGUCGGCGUGCGACACCCCUCCUCCCUCCGCCGCACGACUCCCGCCGCCGCGCCCACGCCGCUCCCACGCCGCCGUGCUCCAGGACAGCAACGUCAUGCGUGACGUAACGCGAGCCCCCCCCUCCGGCUUCCCCGCCCCUUCCGGCGCUUACCCGGAAGUGGUCUUCCAAGGCGGAAGUAAGCGGGCGCUUGGAGAGCUGGCGGCGGCUGGCCUCGGCUCGGUGGGUCCGGAGUUUGCGGGGAAGUCGGGACCGCGAUCCCGCGCGGCCCCCGGACUGCCUGAAAGCGCCCCCGCACGGCGGGGAUGGGGGCCGGCCGGCCUUCCAGGGCAGCCCCGGAGGAGCGGGUCCUUCCCGCCCUCGUCCUCCGGCUUCUGCCCCCCUCUCAGCUCCCGCAGUCCGAGCCGGGGCCGCCCCGUCUUGUCCGGCCUUCGCGCUGAGAACGGUCUUUACACUUGCAGCGGCCUCCAGCCUGGGCAGGAAUGUACCCCCUGUGUGUGCUCCGGUUUGGGCCUGACGCCGGGAAGCCGGGGAGCUGGGGACGAGUCUCCGGUUUGGAUCGGAACCCGCCCUGGCGGAGCCUCCCAGUACGUGGUGCAAGCCUUGGCCUUUUCUGUUUGGGCUCCUGCUGAGGGUUUUGCAGCGGAUCGCCGGGACGGCGUUACCCCAGGGGCUCUGCCUGGGCCCCCAGCCGCGCUGGAGCGCUGGGUGGGCCCGAGCACGUUCAUAAAACAGUGCUACACGUUCCCUGGGCAAGACAGGCCCGGAUGCUGGUGUCAGGCAGCCACUGUCACGCCGAGGGCUGUGCCUCCGCCCGCCUUCCACCACGUCCUUGGGGCCGAGGGCUGUCUCGGUCGCGACACCGGUGAUGGGGCAAAGUGGCUCAUCUUCCUUAUCUCAAAGUAAGCAUCCCCCCAAGAAGAGGUAGCUCUGCCAGCCAGGCCUGCUGGGGCUGGUAGAAAAGGGGGCGGUGAACCUGCAGACAGGAGUCUCCGCGAGCCAGUAACAGCUGGCCUCACUUGCGCCCUGCUGCGUAUCAUGGGACACCCCUCCAGACCUUCACAAGACGGGGACACCUGUAACUUCGCACAUUCAUGUCUGUUUCGGAAAGCACAGGUCCCUUUGGUUGGUGUUCAGGAGCUGCCUGAGGGCACUCUCACCUGGGGGCGGAGAACUUGAGGCCCCAGGCCCGCUGCCCGGGGGACCCUGGCCUUGCUCCCUAGCCACAGGGCUGCUGGAAGCAACCAAGUCCGCCGAAGUGGCCUCUUGGACACCGACUCGAGCUGUCCUGCUGGCCGCAGCCACCCGCCGGACCAGGCCUCCCCGGAGUCAUGUCUUACGUUUCUUGGACGUAACACCAAAGGGAGCUCCAGUUACCCCUGACUGUCGUUCACAAGCUUUCCAAGAUUAUGUGAGAGCAAUCUUCUUUUUUUCACGAGCUCUGUUUAACAAGGUAAAUAAACGGCUUCUUUGCCGAUUUUGCUGUCCUAGUAUUUGGCUCUGCCAGUCAUGGCAGGGGCAGAAACAAGUGGACACGUUCCCGUGGGGCUGUCAGGGCCACGGUCACUGGGCCUGUCAUAAGCCUGCCAUGGCGAGCAGACACCCCUGCCCCGCCAGGCCGGGCCCUCAGCACUGACCGCAUGUACUCAGGCUUCACCACCUCCAGAUGAGGCGGUGGCCCAGGGAGGGUUAGGGGGGCUGACUCUCUUCCCCGGGCAGUCUGAAGCAGAGCCGGUGUCA